AUGGCGUGCGCUGCCGGCUUGAUUGCUAUAGGCUCGGCCGUCUACUGGGCGUACUGCCGCCUCCGGAGAAGAACCGAUCCGCCAACUGAGCUCCCUCAGCCGGACUCACAUGGUAAACAAAGCCCGCUUUGUGGUGGCCGUGAACUGAAUAGCACCUGCCAAAUAAUUCAGUUCCUUUCUUAUGAAUCCCGCCACUCUCAGUCAGAGUCAGAGGAGAUCAGGAGAUACUUUGUAUCUAUGACUAAAGGGUCAGAGAUUCAGCAGUGGUGGUUUACCAUCACAGAGACCUGCCACUUGAAUCAUCUUGGAUUCCCUUACUACACCUCAAGUGAGGAUUCCUUUACCGGCAUUCAGAGCGUUUCUGGGAGGAUGAUGGAAGUUUUAUCCUGUUGCCGCCUAGAUACUUUUGUCAACGUCCCGCUGGAGGACUGUGUGCAAACCUUCUACGAGGUGACCAGAGAUUACUGGCGCAUGCGGGCUGAGGGUCAUGAAGAUGCUGCCCAUUGGGUGAAGACAUCCACCUUUAAUACAUCAGGCAGUGAUUCUGAGACCUUAUCUGAGUCAGACUCUGAGGAAAGUGAGGAAAGUCACUCUGUUGAGGAGAGUAAGCUGCCCUUUAUCAGCUGCCACCUUGCAGACUGUGACAUUGCAGAUGUCGCCCUCAAGCUGCCUGCUCUGCGUGAGGUCUUCUCUAUUGAAAGAGGAUUCCUGGACAAAAUCGUCAACUGGGAUGUUGAGAGCUGGGAACCUGCAGCAAAGCAGUGUUUCAUGGUUCUUAUUGUUCAUCAGAUCAGAGAAUUAAACAGCUCUUGUUUUAUUCUUGUUUAAUUAACGCUUCACUACCAC